UGGAAAGCCGUUUUCAGUUUUAAUAGAAUUUUAAAACACUCUACAUUCCGUCUCGCGACUAAGUGCUGUGCUGACUGCCGUUUAUUGUGCGGCGCAGGGUGAGCUUCUCAGCGGUUGAUGGAAUAUGCUGAACUCCGCACUCUGGCUGAGGGAGGCCUGCAUGAAUAACACAACAGGCUGCUGUGGCUCCGCUGCGCCGAGCACAAAAGGCUGAGGGAAAAUCCUCCGCUCCAAAAAAUCCCGUCGAUCUGAGAAUGCAACUUGGAUGGCAAAAGCUUGUUUUCAUACUCACAGUGCUUCCUUGCUGCUGGAGUUUACACGUUUCUAUCCCACAAAAGGAAUAUAAGGUUGCAAAAGGCAAAGAUACUACAUUGACUUGUUCUUUUCAACCUGCUACUCCUGUGGUGAACAACCUUAUCCUCACAUGGGACGCUUACCCUGAUGUUAAGGGUAACCCACUGAAAACGGUAGCAAGCUAUUUCCUCAACAGUCCCGUUGACAUUUCACCUGCUUAUGAAGACAGAGUCUCGCUGGAGGUUAACGUCGCCAGUGGGACGAGCACACUCCACUUUACCAAAGCGACCAUGCAGGACAACCGAACUUUCCAGUGCAGUGUCAAAAUACCAGGUGACAGUGAGGGAACAACUGCUGCCUCCACUUUCCUCCUGGUCCUCGAGCCUCCGUCUCCACCAAUCUGCAAGCUUCAGGGGAAAGCAGAGUAUUUUCACAACAUCUCAAUCACAUGCCUGUCUGAAGAGGGAUCCCCACGACCAGUUUAUCAGUGGACAAGCUACAGUGUUGAAAACAUUCCCAGACAGUUUCCACCUAAGACAACUGAAAAGGAUGGAAUUGUAUCCCUCUUCAAUAUUUCAAGAGAGACAUCUGGAUUCUUCAUAUGCAAAUCAGAAAACGAAAUUGGCUCUGCCAGCUGCAACUUCACCUUAGCUGUGAUGGCUAGCAGCAUGAACAUGGGGUCUACUGGAAUUAUAAUUGGAGGGGUCUUAGCAGGUAUAGUAGUUGCGGGGGUUAUCAUCUUUUGUUGCUGCCGGAGGAAGGGGAAAAAGGACAAAUAUACUGAGGGUUCUUUAGGAGGAAUGGAGUUUCACGACAAAGAUGGUGGUGAAGCUGGAAGGCAGUACAUGGAUGACAAAUCAAACAGCGAGAAAAACCAGGCUGAUUCAUAUGAAGACAAAGAUGUUGUUCCUCAAAGCAAUUACAGCACAGGAGGAGCACAACAAACGUUUGAUGAUGAUCAGCACAACUUUAUUAGUGGUAAAGAGAGAUAUGAGGGAAAGGGCAGUGAUGUUGGCUCUCAGCAUUACCCUGACGAUCAGCAUGGUAGCUAUCGUGGAAGUCGUGAUCAUCUCGAUGAUCAGCGCAAGCACUCUGGAAGUCGUGAUCGCCUUGACGAUCAACGUGAUCGCUAUGGGAGUCGUGAUCGCCUUGAUGAUAACCGUGACCGCAACGGGAGUCGUGAUCGCCUCGAUGAUAACCGUGACCGCAACGGGAGUCGUGAUCGCCUCGAUGAUAACCGUGACCGCUACGGGAGUCGUGAUCGCCUCGAAGAUAACCGUGACCGCUACGGGAGUCGUGAUCGCCUCGAAGAUAACCGUGAUCGCUAUGGGAGUCGUGAUCGCCUCGACGAUAACCGUGACCACUAUGGUAGUCGUGAUCGCCUCGACGAUAACCGUGACCGCUAUGGUAGUCGUGAUCGCCUUGAUGAUAAUCGUGACAACUAUGGUAGGCGCGAUCGAUUUGAUAAUCAGCGUGAUCACUAUGGAAGUCGGGAUCGCCUUGAUGAUCGGCGAGACCGUUAAAGCGAUAGUUGAGAUCACUUUUAAGAUCAUAGUGAUUGCUAUCGUAGAAGUCAAGAUGAUCUUAAUGACUAAUUCAGUCACUAUGAUGGCAUCUGAGUUCGACUUGAAAACAGUGACUAAUCAUGAGUUACUUAUAACUGUUCAGAAAAUCUUUUUGUCUAUCAUACAUGCAAUGUUUUGUAUCUAAUUUCUUGUCUGUAUCUUUGAAGGAACAAUCCUGCACCUCUGGUGACAAAAAUGUACAUUUAUGGGAAAAGCCAUCACACUUUCGGCCAGAUUAAGCCUGGUACACACAUAACGAUUUUUUUAAUCUUUGGGGGUUUUUUUAUCUGGUCGAGACCUUACACAUGAAGAUAAAA